AUGCGUGUAAGCAUCAAGUCCCUUUUUGUGGCCUUCCUCGCCCUCAGCAGCGUGGCAUGCCACCCCAUUGCGAAAUCCCCAAUGCAACAGAACGCAGAGAUCAUCGAUAUAUCCGAACGCGACCUCGACGCCCGCGCCAGAAUCAGACCGGUCAACUGCGGUGGCCAGCGGUUCGAUGGAUCUGAUAUCAACGGUGCGCGCAGACAAGCCUGGGCCGUACAUGAAGCCAAGGCGAGAAACUCAUACGGAUACAACAAGUACCCGGAAUGGUAUGAGAACCACGAGAAGCUAUUUGUCUCAACCAGUGACCUGUACGAGUAUCCUCUUACCUCUGGUGGCGUCUACUCUGGUAAGGGCGACGCGGGUGUGGGUCAUUACCGAGUGGUUGUGAACGAGCACAAUAAGUACAUGGGCGCCAUGUAUCAUCCCACGGGACUGGAUAAUAGGUUCAAGUUGUGUGAUGUCGAGUAG